GAGAGAGAGAGAGAGAAAGAGCGAGAGAGAGAGAGCUCUUUCAGACCGAUUAUAACGAGAAAAGAGGGAGAGGGAGGAAAACAGAUUAAGCAGACUGAACACAACUGUUGUUUUAAUCCUCUGAGCGGAUAGAUUUAGAGGAAAAAACUCCUGGUUUGGAGAAGAGCAGCCAUAUUGCAUGGAGCUGGUGCCAUAACAAGACACAGCGGAGCAGGAAUACGAGGACUUCAGGAGCGGACGCUACUUUUGACUCUGACUCGCUCCUAUUUAUUAUUUAUUUAUUUUAUUUUUAGACAGUGUUAACCAAUAGAUUGAAAGAUGAAGGACCGACUGGAGCAACUAAAGGCGACAUGCGACCAUGAUGAUGAAGAUGUUGAGAUCGCCGUGGACAACCCUGCCUUUAUGGAUGAGUUUUUCUCCCAGAUUGAAGACAUCAGGAACAGCAUUAAUAAGAUCGACGAGAAUGUGGCCGAAGUGAAGAAACUUUACUCAGUUAUUCUUUCUGCACCAACAUCUGACCAGAAAACACAGGAUGAUUUGGAGGCGCUUACUAACGAUAUCAAGAAAAUGGCCAACAAUGCUCGUAACAAACUGAAGAAGAAAAGCAAAGGUCGCAUUCAGAGACAAUUAGAGAUCACUGGUAAAGCCACAACUGAUGAGGAGCUGGAGGAGAUGCUGGAGGGAGGAAACGCAGCCGUUUUCACAGCGGGGAUUGUGGAUUCAGGGAUCUCCAAACAAGCACUGAGUGAGAUUGAAGCACGUCACAAAGACAUUGUGCGUCUGGAGAGCAGCAUAAAGGAGCUGCAUGACAUGUUUGUGGACAUCGCCAUGCUGGUGGAGAGCCAGGGCAACAUGGUUGAUAACAUUGAGGUGAAUGUAGGUAAAGCAGUCGAUCACGUUGAAGUGGCAAAGACUGAAACCAAGAAAGCAGUCAGGUAUCAGAGUAAAGCCCGGAAGAAGAUGAUCAUACUGGGUGUGAUUGGUGCUGUGGUGCUUAUCAUCAUCCUCAUCAUCAUCCUCACACAGGUUCUAUGAUAACCUCUGUGGCUGCUCAUGAACUCUUUAUUAUUAUAGAUGAUCAUUUCCUCCACUCCUUUCCAUCCUCCCUGUUAUUCCUUGGAAGUACGUCAAGAUGAAAGCUCCGCCCCCUGUACCUGUGGCCCCUCCCUUCAUCAGCACAAACCAAUGGGAAUCUACUCUGCUGGAACCCUAGUGAUGGUCAAGGAAACAGAUUGUGUUUUUUUUGUAAGGACGUGAAGGAACUUCUACUAUAUGCCAGGAAUGGCGUUUGAAGGAAGCACAUUUUAAAUCCAUGAGCACAGAAUAAGGGAUUUUUAUGAGACUUACAAGGGAAAUGUAACCUAUUGUUUUUAUUGGAUUGUGUUUUCAUAAGACACAUCAAUGGCUACAUCUGCUGGUUGAGCUACUGAACUGUUCCUGAUCAAAAGGGCUCAGAUAUGAUUUCAGCUUCUAUUUUGGAUCCCUGUGAAAUGAACACAAUAAGCUAAGCUUUGAUGGGUCGUCCAGAAUGGAAGAAAUCCACAUGUGUAUGUUUUUAAUGUGAUGAACGUCUGUAUGGGAUUUAACCAAAGGAAUAAAUUACAUUAUAUGUUUUCUAAGUAUUUUGUUAAUAUUUGAGAAAUUAAUGGAUGGAUUCAUGGGAAUCAUUAUCAUAAAACUGUCAUUAGUUUAUAUAAUAAAUAAUAUUAAUAUUUAGCAGUCAGCGAAUAUGGGUUUAUAUGCGAGUAUGGGUUCAAUAGUUACACUAUUACUUAAACUGUUAUUCCCAGUCAUAAAUAUGUGGUUACAGACCAGGAAAAAAUUUAUUAAAAACCCAAACCUAAAGUGCUAAAUCUCAUCACAGUACUUACAUUUACUAGUUAGUUAUCUAUUCAAAUUAUAAGUAUCACUUAGUUUCAGUGUUCCUUGUAAUAAAUUAUUAUCAAUUAAAU